AUGUCAAGAAGAGUCCUAUUGGCCCAUCUGUUGCUGUUUUUUGAGAGCCGAAUGACCGCUUCGAACGAGUGCCGCUCAGUGGAGUCGAUUGUCGACUACGCCCUCUUUAGCCAUAUCCACGAACGAAUAUCCGAGAUACGAUUUGAAUCUUGCGCCUCAAGAUGUGAUGCUGAUCCGUAUUGCUACAGCUUCAAUUUCUUCAUUCCCAGCAAGACCUGCGAGCUGAACAACGCGACCAGUUUGACGGAUUCCAAAAACUUCCAGAGCAUGCCCGGCGCGGUAUACUUUAGAAAGCUGAAACCACCGCACGACUUUUGUGAAGCCUUUCCUUGUCAAAAUAAUGGGACGUGCAAGAUUCUUGACCGCGCGCCUGGGUUUGAAUGUUCUUGUCCCACUGAAUACAGCGGAGAAACAUGCGAAAGUGAGUAAAUGAAAUGCAAACAUGCAGCAUUCAUAAAUUAACCAUAGUAAUGCCCCCACGAGUAGUAAAAGGGGUUAAACUAUAAGGACACGUUUGCCUCGUUCUCAGUUUUCUGAGUCGUAGGAGCCUGGGUGAGAGUGACAGUAGGAUUGCGUUGACUCUUUAGCAGUCACGAUAACUUGAAACGAAGACAAAGACGCUUCUUCCUUUUGAAUGAAAAUAUGGAAAAUUCUCGCUAACCUUUCCAGAGUGACCAAAACGCAGCCUUCGUUUUUCGAAUUGACCAUUAUUAAUGAUAAUUAAAAUGACAAUGGCGGUGAUAUUGAAAACGACAAAAACAACGACAAUGGUGAUAUCGAUAAUGAUGAUGAUGAUGGUGGUGAUGAUGAUGACAAUGAUGACAUUCUAUACUUACACAAAUUAACCGAGACCCUUAUGUUUAGUCCCAUUCUUAAAAAUGAAGGAAGAUGAAAGAUAUUAAAGCCCUUGUUUUAAUCCCCUUAAUCCACUCCGAUUGUCUCUUCUUCUGUCUUUGGCCUGGGGAUAUUAUAGACCCUCCAGUCCUCAGAAGCAGAAAUUAGCUGAAGCUUACGAUCAGCGCGAUAUAACAGUCCAGAGUGCUCAUAAACUAGUACUUCGAAUUCCUGGAAAACAACUAUUCUGUGUUAUAGCGAAAUUGUAAAUUAUCGAUUAGCCUGCACGCAGACGUCUCCUAUUUCCCUCGCGAGACAUCUGCGCACAGGCUAGUAAUCGACGAAAUGAUUUUUUUCCAGCAAAUGUUGAGCAUACAGAAUCGCCCUCUUAAAGCAAUCGUAAUUUUCGUCAUUAUCUUUUUAGUUUGCAAUCCUUCCUCUCUGGGUCUGAGUAACCAUGAGCUUUCUGAUCUCAACUUCAACGCCUCAUCCAGCUUCAGUCCUUUCGCGCCUCGUGAUGCGAGGCUAUACGCGAACACAUCCUGGGCUAACGAGGGGUACUCUAGCGAAGAAUUCCUACAGAUUAGUUUCCACCCCUACUCAAAGCUUAUUACAGGUGUGGCUACUCAGGGAAACCCUCAUCAUGAUUGGUGGAUUUAUCGUUACUAUCUCCAGUACAGUCUAGAUGGUUUUACGUGGUCAUUUUACGAGGUUGCAUCAUAUCCCGGAUCACGAAAGGUGAGAUAGCGUGAUCUGUAUACAAACUUGAUACGAGACAGCAUUAUUUAUGCAUAUUCGUUUCGAGGGUUCUCUCCUACUCGUCACAGGUCGUGACGGAGAGAACUCUGGAAACGAGUUGUGACGAGAGUAGGGGCCUUAAGCAACUACGGAAAAAAACAAUUGGUUUUAUGAGCAAAACAAAAGCUCUGCACGUGCAUCAGGAUUUUAGUACAUUUCUUUGACGUCCACUGCACGACUACGACGUGAAACCUCCCAAUGCGACGUUUUAUGGAGGACGUGGACAAACGACGACAAAUUUCCCUUUCUCUAUUUGAACAUGGAUGAAGCCCUUAACAAUUCAUCUCUAGGAAAAGUCGCCUACAAUUGACGAAUUGAGCGGCUCCAAAUAGACGCGAUAAAGUUUGAAAGGACGCAAAUUCNUCUGCGCACAGGCUAGUAAUCGACGAAAUGAUUUUUUUCCAGCAAAUGUUGAGCAUACAGAAUCGCCCUCUUAAAGCAAUCGUAAUUUUCGUCAUUAUCUUUUUAGUUUGCAAUCCUUCCUCUCUGGGUCUGAGUAACCAUGAGCUUUCUGAUCUCAACUUCAACGCCUCAUCCAGCUUCAGUCCUUUCGCGCCUCGUGAUGCGAGGCUAUACGCGAACACAUCCUGGGCUAACGAGGGGUACUCUAGCGAAGAAUUCCUACAGAUUAGUUUCCACCCCUACUCAAAGCUUAUUACAGGUGUGGCUACUCAGGGAAACCCUCAUCAUGAUUGGUGGAUUUAUCGUUACUAUCUCCAGUACAGUCUAGAUGGUUUUACGUGGUCAUUUUACGAGGUUGCAUCAUAUCCCGGAUCACGAAAGGUGAGAUAGCGUGAUCUGUAUACAAACUUGAUACGAGACAGCAUUAUUUAUGCAUAUUCGUUUCGAGGGUUCUCUCCUACUCGUCACAGGUCGUGACGGAGAGAACUCUGGAAACGAGUUGUGACGAGAGUAGGGGCCUUAAGCAACUACGGAAAAAAACAAUUGGUUUUAUGAGCAAAACAAAAGCUCUGCACGUGCAUCAGGAUUUUAGUACAUUUCUUUGACGUCCACUGCACGACUACGACGUGAAACCUCCCAAUGCGACGUUUUAUGGAGGACGUGGACAAACGACGACAAAUUUCCCUUUCUCUAUUUGAACAUGGAUGAAGCCCUUAACAAUUCAUCUCUAGGAAAAGUCGCCUACAAUUGACGAAUUGAGCGGCUCCAAAUAGACGCGAUAAAGUUUGAAAGGACGCAAAUUCAUUUUUUUAGUGAUGUUUUCACUGCCGUUGUCGUCGUUGCUGCUUAAGCUCCGUAGUAUCAAACUCGGCCUCUUGUUGGUACCCUUGCCCUGACAAAAAUAAAAUGGUGGUCCCUCUUACAAGUUAUUUUUCGUCGAUCUUUUUUAAAGAGGAUAUUUUUUCAACCGCUAUUUUCAUAUUUUUUUAGAACUCAAUAGGAAGCUUAAGCAACGACCACGGCGACGACAACGAGAAUGGCAAAAAAGCAAAAGGUUUAGAUUGGCAAAACAACAACACGCCUUUUUGUACAUUUUUUUGCCGUUAGUGCACGACUACGAUGUGAAAAUGCCUAAUUUCACUUUUUUGGAGAACGUGAACACAAGACAACAACUUUCUUUUUAUUUUCCUGAAAUUCGAGACAGUCCUUGAAAAAUUCAACCUCAAAAAAUUUACCAAAAUUUGACGAAUAGAACGAGAUGGAAUAAGCGCGAUAUAGUUUGGACCUGCGGGAGUUCACAUUUCAAGUCCAAGCUCCCUAUUAUUUCACCCGCACAGUCAAUUGGUUCUUCACGGUUAAGUGUUUCGAGUUGCGAUCGGUAGGGCCUGGGAAGUUGCUCUUCUUUAGGGGGCAAACUGAGAAGCCGAUGAAGUCUCUAGCCCGAUCCUUAUACCAGGUGUGAUCAAUGGAUGAGCCUUGCUCCCCUAGGUCGAAGCACGGAUGCACGGGGACGGGGGGGAUCAAUAUAGGUUUCUGGGAAACUGCCCACCUACCCCUCCCCUUACCCGACAUUUUGCCCUAGGUGAGAAGUAAGUGUUUAUGUUGACUUAGGGGAGGGGUAGGUGGGCAGUUUCCCAGAAACCUAAAUUAAUCCGGGGGGAUCACUUAAAUUUAACUUGUUCAUCUAAAAUGUUGAUAAGCACCAUUUCACUAAAACAAAAGGCUGGCACUUCGUCAAAGGGCUGAUUUAUUAUAGGCCAACAUUUCGGCUAUCAAAAUUAGCCUUCCUCAGGGCCAGAGCUAUACCGAGAGAAAAUAUCUUUUUUUUGUUUACCAUUUCACUGUUCUGGUCCAAAUUAAACACCACCUUUUCGCCGUUUAUGAUGUUCUAGGAAUUCGUUGGCAACACGGACAGGAAUACUGUGGUAACAAACCAGCUCCAGCGCCCCAUCCGAGCAAUGUACUUACGGAUUGUACCAAGGGCUUGGCAAAAUAAGGUCGCCUUAAGAGUGGAAGUCUACGGUUGUAGCUGA